CCCGGCUCUUACACCCUGAAACUCAACGUGAGAGAGAGAUUUUGAUUGGCUCACCGAAUCUAAGUUGCUAGUCUGGGAGUUUCCCUCUCCAGUAAAGCCAACGUGACGCUAGCAUUUGAAAUCAGAAGGGCUCCGAGUCCCCGAGGCUUUGAAAUCAUUUUUCCCCAAUGGGAUACGUACAGGAAGCACGUGAAAACCACGUGAAGAAGAAAGUGGAAGAAGCUUUAAGAAGCAAAAUGAAGCAGAAGGCUCUAAAGGAGUGUGAUCAGUACACCUCAAAGUAUGCUCAAUGUUCUUUGGGAAGAACGUUAUCGGUUGUUUGGCAGUGUAGGAAGCAAGCUAAGGAGUUGAAUGAUUGCCUACAUCAAUACACCAAUGAUUCUGUUUUGGAAGAAAUGAAGAGAGACUACAUGCUUCAACAAGACGGAAAGGGAUCUUCAGGAGUCUAAGCCAUUUUAUGGUGUAACAUUUCAUGUACAAUUUAUUAUUUAAUGCAUGGUAAAAGAAUUUUUAUUCAUUGGGUGAUGCAUGUUAUGCUGCAACUGAGUUUCGUCUUCAGAUAUUUACGAGUUGCAUGUUUGUAUCUUCCUCAGAAGUUGUUGGGCAGGAAUAAUUCUAAAUCCUUAUGGAAUUAGUAUAUUAAAAAACAUAUGGUUCAAUGUGGA